UCAUUAACGUGUCUCGUAUUUCUUUAAAGUUUGAACUGCUGAGCAGCUGAAUGCAUGUGUGAUUUGUUGAUAUAUGUCCAUAUUUUGUGAAAAGCAUUGAACAUUGAUGUUUCUUAUCUUCGUUUUAUAAAGUCAUUUGUCUUCUUUUUUUUAUUCGCUUUGCUUUCAUUCUGAUAUUUUUUUCCUAUUUAUUGGAGUACUUUUGAAGUUUCUUGAAAGCAUGAUUAACCUCUAUUUGUGUAAUGGAAAAGCAUGUGUUUGGAAUGUGAAAGGCAAGUGUGCUUUUUCCCCCCCCUACACCAUGUGAUGAUGGAAAUAUUAUUCUAGCAUCUUUCUUCAGUAAAAUAUUCUCCAUUUCGAUCUUUUACUCAUAUUAUGACUUUACGUGAAAAAUAUCGUAUUGUAGGAUAUCUGAUUGGAAGCUAUCCAGAAAAACCAUUUCAGCUUCAGGCUAAAUGGUUACCAUUAAAAUUGAUGUCUGAAGAAACAAGGUUAUUGAUAGAUAAAGGUAUUGCUCAAUUAGUUUCACUUUCCAAAGACCUGCCUGAUUCAGCAAUAAUUCAGCAGUUUUAUGAACAAAGAGAUAAAUUAUGUGAAGAACAGAUUUCAAUAUAUAAAGAAAAUAGAAAAAAACAAAUUUUAGAAAAAGCAGAUGAGAUUUUUGAAGGGAAAAAAAGAAAAUAUUUAGAAGCCCUUGAAAAGAAGAAAAAAGCACAAAAACUUUCUGAAACUUCUGCUGUUACUACUGCUGAAUCGUCAUCUGUACAGGAAACAGAUGCUGAAAGUAAAAGUUUUCAAGGUGAAAAUAGCUCUAACUCAACUGCUGUUCUUAAAGAAAAUGUAGAGAAUGAUCCUGGUAGAGAUUCUGCUAUAGAAGGAGAGAAAAAUAUGUCAUCUGAAUCACAAGAAUGUAACUCAGAAUCUAUAAAUAUUGACAAACAGGCCAUAAUUGAUGCAGAACUUGCAAAAGUAACUUCUAUUAGCAAAGAAUUGUGUUUAGUUCAAUUAUUUACUGAAUGCCCUUGGAAAACAAAAUUUGAUCCAGUUAAUUGGAGAUAUCCUUCGACAGAGAGAGAAAAAUUGAGAUGCACUGUUUACAGAGAUCUUUGGGAAAAGAAAUAUUAUAUUACAUCUGGUGUAAAAUUUGGAGGUGAUUUUCUAGCAUAUGAAGGAGAUCCUCUGAAAUAUCAUGCUUUGUUUAUAAUAGUCUGCAAGUGUCAUGGAGAAAGAUUUCAAGGCAGUGAUCUAGUAGUUUAUGGAAGGUUAGGACAUCAAGUAAAGAAAACUGUCGUUUUAGCUACUCAGAAUGAACAAGGAAAAGUUGAAUAUAUUUCACUUAGUUGGGAAAAUGAGAUGACAUGAAUCUGUUUUGCUACAGGGGAUGGAAACUUCAGCUGUAUAUUUGUAAAAUAUUCUACAAUUUUUUUUUUCACAAUAUUAUAUAUUUUUCAAUUGCAAACAUUCUUGUGCUGUAGAACUUGCCAAUAUUUUCCUUAAUAUAUCUAAUUUUUCUUUAAUUUUUACAAAAUGAACAAAAUUUAAUAAGAAAUAAUUUUAUGAGUAAGAUUUUUGAUUGAAUCUCAUUUUGAAUCAUAACAAAGUUUUUUUUUUAAGUGCUAGAAUUUAGGAACUUUGUUUAUAUAUAUGUAUAUAAAUUGAUUAUAGGAAAUAUGGAGAAUCUAUGCUUGUUCAGAAUAUGCUAAUAUAACAGACAAAAUUGUAAAUUGAGCUCUUAGAAAUAACUUUUUAAUAAUAUCCAAUUUGUUUAACAUUGUUAAAAUUUGAAAUACCUAUAAUUAAUAUCGUAUUUGGUUGAUAAGAAAUGGCCAGAAACAAAUUUUUGUUAUUUCAUCAUUCAUUUUGACAUGAAGAAUACUUUUAUUAAAUAUAAUAAAAACUGAAAAUCAAUUUGUUUUUUUGUUUGUUAUCGCAUGCAUUAUUCCAGGUUACCCCCCUCUCGCAAAUAGAUGUAUUAUUUUAAAGCUAUAUUUAGAUUAUGAAAAGAUUAGAACACAUUGUAUUGAUUGACCCAAAAAAUGAAAAUUUAAUAAAAAAACUUUUUUAUGUUUUAAACGAAAUGAAUUAUAUCAUAUAAUCAGAUGAUGCAAUUCUGAUACAAAA